AUGGUGGUUCCUGGUUCUUCGAUAACACCACCUUCGCCGCUUACUUGUGCACUUUCAACUGGUCUUGGUUCCAACUCUAUGUUUGGGAGCAUGCUAGGUUUUUGUGGAAGUUCUUCUCGGCCGAAGAGGUCUCCAGUUGUAGGCAAAAGGGGAACUGCACCUCACUCUUCGUUAUUCAAACCUUAUAUUCCGAGUUGGGCGAUUACUAGGGAGUCUUUGCAAUCAGAGGACACCACCACCAAAGAAUGGAGGGAAAGUGCUCAUCCUCCCUCCACGAUGGAGUUUUUGAUGGGCCAAUUGGGGGCUCGUGUGGCUGACAACCUACGUUAUGCUGCGGCACAAGCUUCUAUUCUGUUGGUUGCUGUUGCUAACCUGAUUUGUCGAUUCCGUGUAACCGAAGCAUAG